AUGCUCGACUCGGACAGAUACGACGUGAUCGUUCUCGGCACAGGGCUCGCAGAAAGUAUAGCCGCUGCUGCCCUCGCCAAGGCUGGCAAGAGCGUCCUCCACCUUGACCCGAACGAGUACUAUGGAGGCGAACAGGCCAGCUUGACGCUCGACGAGCUCGUGGCCUGGGCUGAAGCUCGGGGCGCUGAGUCGUCGGAGCCGUCUUCCUCUGAGUCGUCUUCCUCGUGGACUGCAACGCCUUACGGCUCAUCUCAGCGGGCUAUCUACACUCACUGCUCCACGACUGGUCUCGGCUCCCUCGCCCAGGACAGGCGGCGAUAUGCGCUCUCGCUGUUCCCGGCGCUCAUGGUGUCGCGGGGAACGCUUGUAUCCACGCUCAUCUCGUCCGAUGUAGCCAAGUACGUCGGCUUCCGGCUGCUCGACGGUGUGAGCAUGUGGGACGCUUCGUCUGACUCUCCCCGCCGAGUCCCAGGGAGCAAGGAGGAUGUGUUCCGAGACAAGUGGAUCUCGCUCCCGGAGAAGCGCAAGCUGAUGAACGCGCUGCUCUUCGCAGGAGGCGAGUUCGAGGAGGACGAGGUUUUCAAAGGUGAGCUGUCGUCAUGGUCACAUGAGCUCAUUCCAGGCGCCGGGGGGAAGGACAUGCUGGCCUUUCUGAAGGAGACCUUUGCACUCCCGGACCACCUGGCGCAGGCGGUCGCGUACGCCGUCUCCUUCGCCACGCCCGAGGAGCAGAGUGUACCCGCCCUCGUGCGCGCGAGGAGGUACCUCCGAAGCAUCGGCCGGUACGGACCGAGUGCCUUCCUCGUUGGCCAGUACGGUGGUGCCGGCGAGGUCGCACAAGGGUACUGCCGUGCUUGCGCAGUGUUCGGCGGAACGUACGUGCUCGGACCCGAGGCUAUGCCCGAGAUCGAAGCGGCCGGCGCCGACAGCGCAGCUGGUGACGACGCCAAGGACCAGGGCGGCGUCCAAGUCAAGGUCCCCGCUCAUCCCACGCCGCUGCGUGCAACGCACCUCGUCACAUCGCCGUUUUUCCUCGCCAAGGUGACCAAGGCUUCCGGAUCCGAGAAGAACGUCACAGCCCAUGCUGUUGCUGUCGUGACCUCGCAGCCGGGAUGUCUGAAGCGGCCGGCCAAGGAGGACGAAGAGGCAGAGGACGACGACACGGGUGUGGUCAUCUUCCCGCCCACGGACAACUCGCCGCUCGUCCGAGCGCUCAUCAUGGGCGAGGGCACUGGCUCCUGCCCUGCGGGCCAGUGGGUCGUCUACCUCUUCUCGGAACUUGAAGGCGAGAAAGACCCGAAGGAGCUGCUCCGGCCGUACCUCGAGAAGAUCGGGGGCGAGGUUGCGUUCGAGGCGUACUACCUCGCUCACCGCGCGAAGGAUACGCAGGAGGCGCCCGAGGGCGUGGUGCUCGUGCAGCCAUACAGUGGCCGGCACAUGCUGACAGAGGGUCUGGACUGGGAGGCUGAGCAGGGCGAGAAGGCCUUCCGCGCCGUGCUGCCCGAGGGCGAGUUCUUCCCCAAGCCCGAGGGCGAGGAGGACGAGGAUGAGUAA